ACUUUCCCAAAAGCAGCAGCAGCAGAAUCGGUUCUCUUUCUCCCCUUUGGACACCAAAAUAACAUCACAGUACUUCCGCACAAAUCAAUACCGAUCUCCACAACACAAAACUCCCAGAAUCAGUUUCGCUCAGAAUUCCAUGGCAGAGAAACCUGAGCCAGUGAAAGUGCUAUACUGUCCAUUAUGUUCUCUCCCUGCAGAGUAUUGUGAAUUCGGUCCUGAUUUCGAGAAGUGCAAGCCUUGGCUCAUCAUAAACGCCCCUGAACUCUACCCUGAUCUCCUUAAAGAGGCUAAUGAAAAGGAGGCCGAGAGGGUUUCUGAGCAACUGCAAUCAGCUGGAAUUUCCUCAAGUGGUGCUGAUGGGGCAGCUUCUUUUGUUCAAUCUGGAGUGACAUCGUCAUCUAAGCAAGAAGAAGUGAAAAGGCUUCCAGGUGGAAAAAUCAAGAAGAAAGCAAGACAAGAAGUUGUAAUCGAAAAGGUUGUUCGCAACAAGCGCAAAUGUAUCACCAUUAUUAAAGGAUUGGACCUAUUUGGUAUUAAAUUGAGUGAUGCUUCCAAAAAGCUUGGGAAAAAGUUUGCUACUGGAGCAUCUGUUGUUAAGGGUCCGACAGAGAAGGAACAGAUUGAUGUUCAAGGAGAUAUAGCGUAUGAUAUCGUGGAAUUUAUCACAGAGACUUGGCCUGAUGUUCCUGAAACCGCCAUUUUCUUCAUUGAGGAUGGGAAAAAGGUUCCAGCUGCUUGAUGCUUGCAUUCCAAAUGAAAGUCGGAUUGAUUUUUGAUUUUGAAAUGGUAUAUUUAUAAAUCAGCGUUAUUUACAGAAUGUAACUUCAGAUUAUUACUUCUGCUUGGAUGAAUUCUCACAAAUUCAAUUUUAGGAGGGGAGAAAGAGCAAUGGAUGCAUGCAUCAAUGAAUCUGGAGUAUCUUAUGUCUUCAAUAAAUCCAUGAAUUUUGUCACCGAA